UGCGCGCCGGGAACGGCUUCCCGGCCGGCGUGGCGAUGGGGCCCGUGGUGGCGCGCGCCUACUGCUGCGGCCAGCUCCUCGUCGGCAAGGUGAACACGCAGGACCGCACGUGCUGUGUGGCCUUCGAAGGGCGCGUCUUCGAGGCGAUGCGCUACGAGGUGCUGGUGGUGGAGCGCGGGCGCGUGGAGUGGAUGACGUGCAGGAACGGCUACGUGCCCCCCAGUGCAAUGCCCGGCGGCAUGACGUUGCAGUCCAACAAGAUCUAUCCUGUGAGGGUCCACAUCAACGGGUCGCUGAUUCCUGGACAACUCAUUAAAGGAGAGAGGUGCUGCCGUAUCCCCUACGAAAAGCAUGAGCUGAUGUUCAGAGAGUACGAAGUGCUCACCCUGAGGUGCUCGGAAGACAAGCGCCCCGGGCCGAGCAGGCGGAUGGGCCCGACCGACGAGGAGUGGGAGGAGUUCGUGCUGCCCAAAUCCUGCCACCAACCGGAUAUACGUCGGCUUCGCAAUGGAGACUACACCGUGCCACCGAGCAGGAGGGUGUGUCUACCUCCUUCGGAUUCGUCAGAAGGUGGCGACAGCUUGGACUCCGGAAACGGUUUCAACCCGCCUGUUCUAGACGCAGGAGACAGUGAACCUGGACCUGUUCUAGCCGUUGGAGACAGUGAACCUGGGUCUAUUCUAGCCGCUGGAGACUGUGUGCCUGGACCGUCACACCAGAUAGAAUCUCUUGUUACUAGGCCAAGUGACUGCGAUGAUAGUCCCAGCCCGAGCCAAGGACCGCGCCCGCGCCUGUAGUCUUUGGUUUGGCUGAUGGCAGCGAAAGCUCCGAUUCUGCGUAAUCUUUCUGGUACUCUCUAUCCAUGAAUUCCGUGCCGGCGAUUUCCUCAAUAUAAGGAGAAACGCCACAUUUUACUCCAGAUAAUGCUUCUAACAGCUGCUUCUUUGCCAUUUUAGAUAUCAGUAAAACGCGGAGAUGUUUCCUUUGUCUUAAAACGUGUUAAAAUUUAAAAGGAUUUUAAGAGUAAAAGGAUCUAUCAUGUAUUUCGAAUUUUAAAGUUUUGUUU